UCGGAUCUGGGGAGAGGAGGAGGAGGUGGAGAUACCCUAUGGUUUUUUUUUCUUUGCGGGAUUUAUUUUGUCAGCUCCAACACCUUCUUGUGCUUUUAUCUCUUUUUGUAAUAGUGACCGAAGGCCUGCAACUUGUCCGGACGGUCCCUCUCUCCACUCGCAAGGGAGGGCGAGUUUGCUGACCUUGGGUAAGAGGAGCAGGUUACUGUUUGAAGAAAAAAUGUGGCGUCAUGUGCUCAACUCACCAUGGGGGAACAUGUUCAUUGAGAAGACAUUUGCUUUAACUUGAAAAUCGUCUCCACUGGCGGAAUCGGCAGCUUUGUGAGAUUGUGUUUAAUAGAUCAUUUUACACCACUAUUGUAGGAUUUGAUGGACUGCCUUUGGGGAUCUUUGCUUGGAACCUAGCUUGGUUCACUGACUUAAUGCAGGUCUGCCUUACCUGUAAAAGGCUUCAGCUGGUGGAUAUUACAUGAUUACCCUGGAUCUAAUACAUAGAUAACAUUCGCUGGGAUAUUGCAGAGAUUCUCCUCGAGGGGUUUUCCACACAGUGUUUGGCACCGAAAGUUUGAUUCGCUGUAAGAGGAGCGUUUUGUUUGGAAGUUACCGAUGAAGGACAUGGAUGGCCCUCGAUCUAGUGGCCUGCGCAAGAAGAGGAAGUCGAGGUCAGAGAGGAAUCGGGAGAGGAGGUCAAAUGGGAUAAAGAACAACCAUGUAAAGGGUUCUGUGUUUCGCUUCUCCUCUGACUCGGAGCGGGAGGGUGACAGGGAGCCCUCCUCAUCCCGCCCUCGGCCGCCGCGAAGAAAGCGAAAGGAGUCUACUUCUGCUGAAGAGGACAUCAUCGACGGUUUUUCCAUCACUGGGUUCGUGACCCUGGAGGCUCUGGAGAAGAACAUGAUGCUGACGCCACAUGAGUGUAGUAAUAACCAAGCAGGGCCCCUGCACAAGAAAAAGCCCGGCAGAGUCCCCAACGGCUUAAGUCUGGAGACCUGCACGAACAAUCACUUUCACCUCCAACCUUCUGACCAGGAGAACAACCCCCGUCUGGCACACACGCAAGGCAAGAAGAAGAAGAAACGCCUGAACAAGAAACACUCAGUGCUGAAGCCAGGACCCAGAAACUGUAAAGACAGUGACAGUGAGAGUGUAAGUGGAGAGUCCAAGCCUUCCUUCAGGAGCAGCUCCAGAGACCGGCUGACAGAUUGUGACACUGAGAGUGAUCAAGACAACAAGGUCUCCGAUGCUGCCUCUGAGAAGUUUUUCAGCACAGCUGCAGUUAAAGGUCCAGAUUUUGGCGUCGAUGUGCUCUCCACCAAUGGCAGCCAGGAGCCUCACGGCCCCGGCCUCCUCAAGGUGUCAGGCUUAGAGCGCAGUCAAGAGAGGAGCCAGGACAACUGCAGGGACCCCCAACCCCCUGCGUCGAGCACCCCGGCUCAGCCUUUGCCUACUCAAGACCUCCCUUCCCAGCCACAGCCUCAGCCGCCCAGUCCCCGCCCCCUGUCUCCUCACUGGAGCCAAACAAACGGCCCCUCGCAGGUUCCAGCCCCAACACACCUGCCCCAACGUUCAGAGGCUCUCCCCAGGCCUCCGGCGCCCGCAGCCCUGCCUCUCGCUCAAGGCCAAGAGCCCUCGCUGCCCCCCCCUCCCCGGCCCCAGCACCAGCCCGAACAGCUGUCUCAUCCCCGGCCACCGCCGACGCCCAUUCUCCACCCGCAUCCUCCAUCGCCCGCCCUCCCAACUCACCACCACCCCCACCAACAGCAUCCCAGUCAGGCAGGGCCCCAACGGCCCCCAUCGCGCUGCCACCCCCGGCCCCUCUCUGCCUACAACAGCCUCAACGUCAACGGUCACAGCAGCAGCCGAAGCAGCACCCCGGGCACCAAGCCUCACGGCCCGCCUGGUCCCUCCUAUCUCCUCCCCCACCACCAGCCCCCACCCGCUGUGGUGGCAGCGGCAACAGCGGCGGCGGCGGCCUCCACAUUCCCCCUGCCAUUGGCAGCGAACCAGAGCUCCCCCCACAGUUUCCCCCCUGCCUUGCAGUCCUCGCCUCACCCACAUCACCCCAAUAUGUUCGCUCCUCCAGCGGCCUUGCCUCCACCACCACCACUGACGUCUAGCACCCUGCCAGCACCUGGUCACCCUGCUGCUGGGAGUGCCUACUCAGAGCAAGACAUUCUUCGCCAGGAGCUCAACACCCGUUUCCUUGCCUCCCAAAACGCAGACCGCGGCGCCUCCCUGGGCCCCCCGCCCUACCUGCGGACCGAGUUCCACCAGCACCAGCAUCAGCACCAGCAUCAGCACCAACACACCCACCAGCACACCCACCAGCACACCUUCACGCCCUUCCCCCACGCCAUCAUGCCCACCCCAGCACCGCCUAUGGUGCGUACCCCGACCAGAAAUUUUGAGAAAUACCCGACAAAAGUGGACCCCUUCUACAGACACAGCCUCUUCCACUCUUACCCACCGGCCAUGUCUGGCCUUCCCCCCGUCAUCCCACCGACCGGGCCCUUCGGCUCGCUGCAGGGCGCCUUUCAGCCCAAGACCUCUAAUCCACUGGACGUGUCCACGAGACCCGGAGCCGUCCCACACACGUUCUUACAGAAGGACCCAAGGCUAACAGAUCCAUUUCGGCCCAUUCUCAGGAAACCAGGGAAGUGGUGCGCCAUGCACGUUCAUACUGCCUGGCAGAUCUACCACCAUCAGCAGAAAGUGAAGCAGCAGAUGCAGGUGGACCCUCACAAGCUCGACUUUGGCCUGAAACCCGAGUUCCUGAGUCGACCUCCGGGCCCCGGCAUCUUUGGUGCCAUCCAUCACCCCAGCGACCUGGCACGGCCCGCUACACUGUUUUCCGCCGCAGGUCCUACUCACCCGUCUGCGGGGCCCUUCGGUCAUCCGCCACACCAUCCGGGAAACUUCCUCGGCCCAGCGUCUCACUUAGAACCCUUCGCUAGACCGCCGUCGUUUGGAGGAUUGGGAGCUCUGAGUUCGUCGGCUUUCGGAGGACUUGGAAAUCCAGCACUAAAAUCCCUAACAGCGGCCAACUCUGUAUUCGGCCAUAAAGACGGCCCAAACGCACAGCAGCACUUCAACGGCGGCAGUAACAGUAGCCACCAGGAGCCGUGGAACCGCCUGCACCGCACGCCGCCCUCCUUCCCCACGCCGCCGCCCUGGCUAAAACCUGGAGACUCCGAGAGGAGCGCCUCAGUCAGCUCGCACGAGAGGGACAGAGACUCCGACAAGCGAGAGCCGCCGGUCGGUAAAGACGACAAGGACAGGGACUCUGUAGAGAAGCGUCACCUGAGCCAUCCGUCGCCGGUCCCCGUCAACCCUGCCGGCCUCCUCGGCCACAGCAGGCCUCCCGAGCACCACAGGAACCACUUGCCCCUCGCCUCCGGAGAACCUCAGAGGGACAAAGAGGGCAAGGCGGCGAAAGACAGAGAGAGGGACCACGCGGAGCCCUGGAAGGACAACAGCGCGGAUGACCACAAGCUCAAAGACAACCAGCACGGCGAGAAGGACGCGCCGGUCAUCCACGACAAUAGAGUGUCAGAGGACAGAAUACCCAACAGGGGGACGGCGUCGCCCUACGUUCGGCAGAGCAGCCUAGAACGUCCCGGCGGCGGGCCGGGCAGAGAAGGCCCGGAGAAGAAGGUAGAGUCCCCGUAUGAGCACCAGAAGAAGAGCGGUGAAGUCAAAGUGAAGGAGGAGAGGAAGGAGGAACAGGAAGUGGUCACAGAGAGGCCCAGUGAGCACCCGCCACAGGCGCCCGCCGCGCCGAACCUCCACCCUCCCUCCUCUAUGCCUAUGCCCAUGGGAAUGGCCGGCGUCCACCCCAUCAACAGCAUCAGUGGCCUGGAGAGAACUAGAAUGGUGGCACCCUUCAUGGGUAUCAGCCCCAUCCCGGGAGCCGACAGGUUCCCCUACCCCGCCUUCCACUGGGACCCGAUGCGGGACCCGUACAGAGGCCUGGACAUUCACAGGCGGGACCCUUUGGCCAGGGACCUGCUGCUAAGAAAUGACCCCCUGCACCGGCUGGCGGGGCCGCGUCUCUACGAGGCCGAGCGCUCCUACAGGGACCGCGAGCCCCACGACUUUAAUCGCGAUCACGCUCACCCUCUGGCCCUGGAGCAGAGGAGGGAGCACGAGCGCGCUCACCUGGAAGAGCGCGAGCGCCUCAACAUGCUCAGAGAGGACUUUGAGCACGGACGCCUCCACCCGGCGAUGCACCAUCCCGCCCUCGACGGACACCCCCUCCACCCCGCCCCGGGCCUCAUGGCCGCCGGACUCCCGGGCAUGCACUUCUCGCGAGUCAGUCCCUCGGCCGCCGCCGCCGCGACCGCCCACCAGAACGGUAUCCUUAACAAAACGCCGCCCACCGCCUCGCUGAGUGCCCCGCCCCCUCUCAUCCCCACGCUGGGCGCCCGGCCCGGCUCGCCCAGACGGACUACUCCCCUGGCCACAGAUAUCAGAGACAGGCCGGCUCACAAAGACAUCGAGGCGCGGUGAGCUGAGUCUCACUGCACUCUGUGCCCCUUCAGCCCUGUGCCUCACUAACACUCAACUCACACCAAGCACUUAGCUUUGGGCAAAGCAAAACUGUAAUAUAGCUGUGAAUAACUUAUGUGGGCAGAGACACGCCCACACCACAAUGAAUUGUUUUUGUAUAAAACUACAAAGAGACAAUAAUCAUGGGACAAAAAAAAGGAAUUUUUACGUUUUUUUCCCCCAAUUUCGCUCCAGCUUUUUUUGCGUUCAUUGUACAGCAGAGCGACACGGAGUAAGAAUGAACAGUUUCGGAACGUAUAGGUACUUCGGCACUGACGGCAAAGUGUGUAGAUAAAGUGUACAGUCGCUGUUCUCGUUCUGUAUGGAUUCUUAAUCGUGGUACAAAUAUGCAAAAGGGUGUUUUGAAAGCUUUACUUUGAACAAAAUGUAAACACGAGUAUUCAGAAUGUGCUUUUUUGCUAUUUCCUUUUCGUUGUGCUGAUUAGCAUUGUACCAGAGACCCCAUAUUCAACUAUGCAACAAUCGUCUGGGCUCCCUUUCUGAAAGCUGGCCUCGUCACGACAGCCGACUGUUCCGCUGACGGACAGAGAGCUGUAUUCUCUCCACAACUCAGACUAAACAAACGCUAGGUCCCUGCGAGCAGAGACGAGCUUUAACCGAAACGCGUCAUUUGGGAAAAACUAAUCUUUGAAAAAAUACUUUCUCCACUACGAUAAAUUGUGUUGACAAUCUUACAGACGGCUGACGGAGAAUCGCAUUUCUAAUUAAAGCCAGCAGCACAAACGUUACAGAACCUUUGCUCUCCUAUUGCUCCUUUACUCAGUUACCGCCAGUCUUGUUCUGGGGAGAAUGCAGCACAUGAAACACCAUGACAGCACAUUAGCCCUGUAGAAGGAGUGUCGAGUACACAGUUCUGUUGGUCAAACAGUGUAUUAAAGUGCUUUCCUAAGUUGUUGUACCUACAAAAUCAAAAGACAAAAAAAGCUCAUCUGAGGGCCGUUUGUUUCUAACGAGCAGAGAUCUAUUUUAGUAGUCCACUGAAGGUUUAGUUGUGCGCUUCAAACUCUGUGAUAUCAUGUUGUGCGGUGUUUUUUUUAAUCCAACGGAAAUGUCCACCAGAGCCAUAGUGGUUAGUCGACGCGUAUUUCAAAAAGAUUGUUCAAUGAGAAAAGAAACUUUUUUGCUGUUUACCGUGUACAGGGGGAAAAAAAUGAAGUCUUUCUAGAUCAUGUACAAAAAUGAGAAAAUAUGAAGCGACUGAAUCUUCAGCAUGCUCCUCAUUUAAACUUGUGUUAUGUAAAUUGUGCCAUGUUAUUAAAAAAUGUGUACUUA